AUGGUCGUUGACGAAGACGUAGAUGAGGAGCUCGCAGUUAGCCCAAUUGAAGUGACAGAGGCAGUAGGAAUGAGAUGGCUAGAAGUACUAAUAGCUGUCACGGAAGAAAUGCUCGACAUCGUCGAGGCUGGCGGGCCGUUUGGACCAGCACCCAGGCUAAGAGAGCUGCUCUGUAUUGUGAAUCCAAGAGACGCCGAGCUUGAACUUGUUCCUGAUGGUGUCCUUGACAAGCUGUUCGAAGGCGCUGAGGUGGUUAAACUGGUAGAAGUUGGAAAACCCAAAAUAGGCCCACCGGUAGAGCCACUGCCGCUCCUAGAGCUUAGAAUGUCAGACGCGCUUGUUGAUACAGCCAACAAGCCACAAGUUACAUCUUCGCGGGAGGUCAAAGACAAGGACGAUGCGGUCUCGGUAUUUGUUGUUUCGGAAGAUGAGCUUGUAGCACUGACCACGGUUGUGGUUGAUGGGGGAAUAGGGCUGCCAGCAGAGGUGAAGGAACAACUAAUCGGCAUGGAGGAGGUACUCAUUAUCAAUAUUGUACCGCCGCUUGUGGUUGACUCAGGUUCAAGGCCUCCAGUGACGCUCGAGCUUCCGGCCAAAGUCGUGGACGUUUGGAUGCUUGCUCUACUCGAGACGCCUGCUGAGCUUGUUGACUCGGCGAUAGGGCCGCCAGUUACACUUGAAGAACUAGUUGCACUCAACGUGGACGUGCUCGCGCCACUUGAAUUGACGGGACCAGACGCCGAAGUUGAUGCUAAAGCGGUGGAAGGGCCAGACGAACUCGACGUUGGAAAUGAGUUUGGUCCGGAAGUAGAUGUCGACUCACCGCUUGGUGUGCUCGAAGUUGGCACAGGAGAUGGACUACCAGUAUGGUUUAGGCUGGAAGUCGAGAUCGUUGUAAAGCCAGUUAUAGGGUUUUUGGAAAUGCUCGAACUUGAAAGGGAGGUACCAGAAGCACUUAAAGUUGAACUAGGAUUGGGACCAUCUGAUGCGUUUGAACUGGCCAUUGACGGAGAUUUGGUAGUGGAGCCUAGGGAGAGAAUUGCACUUGGGGUUGAUGUCGAGCCGGGAUUCGGUCCGCCUGCAUUGCUUGAGGUUGUCGAGGUGGUGGUUAAGGUGCUUCUGGCGGAUGAGUUCUGGAGGCUCCUUGUGGCAGUGGUUGAUGCAGGUACGGAAGUAUCACCAGUGGCAGUCGUGGUAGAGAGGCUCGUUGAGGUCAACUUAGUGCCUGUUUGGCCAUUGCCUAGACCAUAUGUUGUACUAGAACGCAGUGUGGAUGUCACAAUGAUCUUGCUUGUCAUCUCCCGGUCCUGCGAGUAA